AUGCUGCUCAACUCGCAAGCGUGGUCCAACAACGUCUCGGGCAUGUUUGAGACCUUCAACUGGGAAACAGAACCCGGUCACAAUGUUACGAAGAGAAAGAGCUCCGAUAUAGACCAGCGAGUGUUAGAUUCAUACUUCACACAAGUCGCCCCACACUUUCCCUUCAUUAGCCGCACAAGGUUCAACAGUCUAGCUGCCAAAGGGCAAUCCCCAAGUCAUGGCUUCAGCGCCCUCAAGCAUGCCAUAGUGAUGACUAGUGGUGUAGUCCGGGAUGCUGAAGAACAAUUUUACUAUUCUAACGCACGGUCCGAGGUCAACCAAAGCGAGCAGGAGACGGAUGACGUCGCAUUUCCUAAUCUAGAAACGGUCCAAGCUCUCAUCCUUAUCGCACGACGGGAACUAGCAAAAGGCCUGACCAACCGAGCUACAGUCACCAUUGCUCGUGCCAUGCGCGCGAUGAUGUUGAUGGGCGGUCACCGCAUUGUUGAUGACCAUAUUGAAGGCAGCAGAUCAGUCCAGAGAGGCAUUCGGAAUUGUACUCCAGAUUCCCAGACGCUGCCCCAAGAAAUGCAACAGUCGUGGUGGGCCCUGUACACUGUCAACGCAUGCUGCGCUGUUCGAGAGGACAUUGGCAUAGUUAUCGAUUCGUGCCAGAUCACCACACAACUUCCUCAGCCGUAUCCGACCUCACCCCAAUUUCCUCACUUCACUUUGGAAGAAUUCAAGCCAGAGCGUUUCCACGGUCUACUGACCCCAAUGUCUGGCAUAGCCAUGGCGGCUGCUUUGACACACAAUAUACUCAAGCAUCGCCACCAUUCGCUUACCCAGGGCCUUUUUGCCUAUGAGUUCUGCUCUAAUCACGAAGUUCUCGAGCAGUCGAUUGAACGCGUCAUCGAGGCUUUGCAAGGGCGGAGGAACGCGUGCGGUUCAAGCCGUGCAUUAGGCGAUACGGUACUUGCUGACGUUAGUAUUAUCAUUCUCCUCGGCCUCCGAAUUCUGCUUCACUUCAUUUCUAUCGCAAAGGCACACACAAUGCACUUGAUGGACAGUUUAAUAUCCCGAAGCCAAGAUAUCUGCCUGACGACUGCGCGCCGGAUGAGUACCUUGCUUGAAGCAUUCAGCCUAGAAACUGAGUCAAGCCGUCGCGACUAUGAGGUGUUGAGCCCCUUCUUGGCCACGCCACUUCAACACUGCGCAAAGGUGUUCCUGCAGACCCUGCGAGACAGGCAAGCUUCUCGUCUUCCCGAGCCAAGCAAUGGAAUCGCUUCGCCCAUGCGAACGGUAUGUCGGGAGCUGAAGCUGCUGUGUAGCGACGACAAGGAAAUCGCGUCCACGGUAGCCGAGUGUGAAGCUGCACUCAACAAUGUGGACUCUUCUGGAUCCUCGGGUUAUGGGUAUGGUCGGUCCAGUAGAGGCACCAGUAUCUCUGAUAGCAGUCGAGACGAAUGGGCUUCAUCAGCUUGGUUCGAUCGGACAGGUCCCAUUUGGUAA